GCCCGCCCGCCGCGGGGCUGGAGCACUGACGUGUCUCUCGGCGGAGGAGCCGCGCUGGGCCGCGGGCAGCGUCGCGUCAGGCGGAGCCGAGCAGCGCCGGAGCGCGACCCGGAGCCCCCGCCGCCGCCGCCGCCAUGGCGAUCAAGUUUCUGGAAGUCAUCAAGCCCUUCUGCGUCAUCCUGCCCGAGAUCCAGAAGCCGGAGAGGAAGAUCCAGUUUAAGGAGAAAGUGCUGUGGACGGCCAUCACCCUCUUCAUCUUCCUGGUGUGCUGCCAGAUCCCGCUGUUCGGUAUCAUGUCUUCAGAUUCAGCCGACCCUUUCUAUUGGAUGAGAGUGAUUCUGGCUUCCAACAGAGGCACGUUGAUGGAGCUGGGAAUAUCGCCCAUCGUCACCUCCGGCCUCAUCAUGCAGCUGCUGGCCGGCGCCAAGAUCAUUGAAGUGGGUGAUACCCCGAAAGACCGGGCUCUCUUCAACGGCGCCCAGAAGUUGUUCGGCAUGAUCAUCACCAUCGGCCAGUCCAUCGUGUACGUGAUGACCGGGAUGUACGGGGACCCGUCGGAGAUGGGCGCCGGCAUCUGCCUGUUGAUCACCAUCCAGCUUUUCGUGGCUGGCUUGAUCGUCCUACUUCUGGACGAACUGCUGCAGAAGGGGUACGGCCUGGGCUCGGGCAUCUCCCUCUUCAUCGCCACCAACAUCUGUGAGACCAUUGUGUGGAAGGCCUUCAGCCCCACCACCGUCAACACCGGCCGGGGGAUGGAGUUCGAAGGUGCCAUCAUCGCGCUGUUCCACCUGCUGGCCACACGCACGGACAAAGUCCGAGCCCUGCGCGAGGCUUUCUACCGCCAGAACCUGCCCAACCUCAUGAACCUCAUCGCCACCAUCUUCGUCUUCGCUGUGGUCAUCUACUUCCAGGGCUUCCGCGUGGACCUGCCCAUCAAGUCGGCGCGGUACCGCGGCCAGUACAACACCUACCCCAUCAAGCUCUUCUACACGUCCAACAUCCCCAUCAUCCUGCAGUCCGCGCUCGUCUCCAACCUCUACGUCAUCUCCCAGAUGCUGUCCGCGCGCUUCAGCGGCAACCUGCUCGUCAGCCUGCUGGGGACCUGGUCGGACACGUCCGCCGGGGGCCCGGCCCGCGCGUACCCGGUGGGCGGCCUCUGCUACUACCUGUCCCCGCCGGAGUCCUUCGGCUCCGUGCUGGAAGACCCGGUGCACGCGGUCGUGUACAUCGUGUUCAUGCUCGGCUCCUGCGCCUUCUUCUCCAAGACCUGGAUCGAGGUCUCGGGCUCCUCCGCCAAAGACGUCGCCAAGCAGCUGAAGGAGCAGCAGAUGGUGAUGAGGGGUCACCGGGAGACGUCCAUGGUGCACGAGCUCAACCGGUACAUCCCCACGGCGGCGGCCUUCGGCGGGCUGUGCAUCGGGGCCCUGUCCGUGCUGGCCGACUUCCUGGGCGCCAUCGGGUCGGGGACGGGCAUCCUGCUGGCUGUCACCAUCAUCUACCAGUACUUCGAGAUCUUCGUCAAGGAGCAGAGCGAGGUCGGCAGCAUGGGGGCCCUUCUCUUCUGAGCCGCGUCCCCCCCCCGGGACCCGGGACAGGGACCAGGCGAGGGGGCGUCUGCCCGGCCGGGGGAACCCUCCGUCCGUCACCGGCGACCGCCGCGGCGGCUCGUGGACCUCUCUUUGAUGACGUUUCCGAUUUCGCGUUCUCUCCUUCCACUGUGUCAGUCCUAGACGUUCCCCAUUCGAGAAUCUGGUUUUCCUUGUGGCAUCGGCAGGGACAACCGCGCGGGUUUCCCCGCCGACCGCCAGAGAGGUGGCGACGGCGGACGAUUGUCCCCAAGCGUCCGCGUAACCUCCGUCUUAGCCUUUGCGCCUUCUCAGGGCCGUGCGUGGCCGUCCUGGUUCGAAGCACAAACGUCCCCACGUCGGUCUCGUCUGGUUGUGGGAGGUGACGCUGGGGCCGUGGAACCUCGGCGUGUCCCUGCCGCGGUCAGGGUGGGACUCUGCGGCUCGAGACUGUUUCUCCGUGUGACGACGCUCUCUCCCCUCGUUUCCCAAGUCGAUUUUUAGAACAGCUUUUUCCAAAACGCGGGCCUGGGUGUCGCGGGACACGCUCUCGGGCCGGCCGGGGUCUCUCUGCAGGUGCCUGGUGGCCCUUCCGGUCGGGCCCUGCUGUCACCCAGGGCCUGCGACACGGCGAGGUCGGGGUCUGGAGCUUCGCGAGGCUGAGCCUGGCCGAGCCGGGCAGGCGUCUAUGCAGGGGCCCUGGUGCGGGUGGCCGUGUGCCCGUGCAGAUGCCACCAGCUGUCACCGGCCGUGCGUCCUGGUGGCUGUGACACCCAGUUUACGGGCCGCGCCCGCCUUCCAGGCCGACAGUCUCCGCUCGUAUCUAGAGUUUUCUUUCUGUGCCUGGGACCAAACACGAGCAGGCAGGGAACCGGCUGCCACCGUCAG